GAGAUCUCGAACACUCUUUUCGGUCAUCAUUGUUCUGAUGUGUGCAGUAGAAGUAGCACCUUUUGUUACAGUGACAUCCAUGCACAAACAUGUCUGCCUCCGUCGAACCGGUUGCAACACAACACCUUUACACCAUCAGCAAAGUCUUUCAGCAACAACUAAGCCAAACUUGGCUCUUAGAAUGCAGGAUAGCAAAGAUGAAGAAUCACCACAAAACAAAUUUUCUGAAUUUGUGAACAGCGCUGGUAAAGAGGUGGCUAAAGUCACAGAUAUGGCGAAGAAGAAAGUGUCCGACGAUGUCUCGUGGGUUGGAGAUAGGGCCAAGGAGACUGUUUCCAAGUUCAAUGAAGAAGUGACCAAGGAAAGGGCAGCAGCUGAAGAAAUGUUUGCUAGAUUUGAUCAGUUUAUGAACGGUGCAAAGAAAAAGUUUGAACAACAUAAAAAAGGCCAACAGCCCGAAGAAAAAUCUGUGCAGGAAGCUGAAAAGGAAGUUGAAAGCAAAGAAAGAAUGCAAAAAUGAUGAUCAGCAUGGCAGCAAGUCGGAUCUACGGGGCUGUACCAUGAUGUGUAUGAUAAUAACGAGGCCGUGUCGAACAUGACGCCAAUCAAAACUUCAAAGGACGAAGUUUGAAAGUUUGGAAUGAAGUAUCUGCAUAAAGUAU